CGAACAGAGUGCUGGCCGAGUCCGGAUUCCUAUGAACCUUAACCUUCAGCCAGCUCUUGUUUCCCGCGUCGAUGGCUUUCCCUACGCUCCUGAGCCUCCGAGCGGAAGUCGCAUAUACACAACCUCCUUCGGCUUGGACCUAUAUACUUGUGUCUCGGGCGCAUCGCUGCUCUCUAAACAACGCAAUUUUACCGGCGACUUUUGGUCCGAUAGAACGAGAGCUUCCGGACGUUACGGUGCGGGCACGAGCGAAAGUCAUGAGCCGCUUGGGGAGUUAAGAGGCCGGAUGAAAGAUUUUAAAUGCCCAUUAUGAGCACGACAGUUCCGCGCCACCGCUGGCUGUAUUGCGAGGACCCAAAGGCGGGGAAACGCUGCGCCCGAAGGCAUACCCAAGUGCAGAAGCUUCCCAGCAUUGCUGCUAGCGUCAUGGUCCUAAAAGGACGAGCGGAAAAGAGAGUAUGGAUCAACACUACACGGCGGAGCGCGGGACAGGACGCGACUCCUUGGCAGAUCUCGGAUGUCGGGCUGGAACCUCUGGAGUUCACACCUCAGACUCGGAGAAUCUCGAGUGGUUCGGCGGUUUGCCCACAAACAGGGACAGUGCCCUACCUACUCAUUGGGCAUUUGUACCUCGGGAGAAGGGUGCGGCUCAAUCUAUUUCGCUUGGAUAAGUAUUCAGGUUUACUCCGGCGGGAUGUUCACGUUGGGCUUGAUAGCGGUUGCUGGCCUGGGCUGGGAUGGGACGGGACUGGAGGAAAGGGAAAGGGCGCUUAAAGAAGGAUGCAUACUUUCUGGCAUCUUUAUCCCACCUAUAUCUACGAUCAGUACUUGGUACCUGGUGGCAGGCGUUCUUUUUCAUUUGCUCUUAUCUUUCUCGUUCUUGG